AUGAGCUUCCCAACCCAGCAACUAGAGCCUUAUACGCUGUACAUGACAAUUUCCGUUCCCGAAGAGCCAGCUGAAAACUUGGCCCAUCGUUACGACUAUGACAUGUCAACUAUCAUCGAAGUUUUCAAGGAGAAGAGGUCCGAAAGUUCCAAGGAAUUUGUUCUCGGUGCCACUGACUUUGACUGGGGAGUCUAUUGGCAUCGAGAGCUCGGUGAUGGAACAUGGUACAUCUAUCGCUACACUGAACGAGGCAUGUAUCAAGGACCGCCUGGGUUAUGGAAACCUCGAACCUAUCAUCGAUACGAUGUGAAGCAAUCUCCACGCCUGAAUCACCAUGUCGUCGGUCUUGUGCGAGUUAUGCGCGUCCCUGAAGAGACCGGCAAGGGAGUCACUGCUUUUAUCGACUGGCUGGCACCUCUCGUUAGCCUCAACGCAGAAUAG